UUUGUCCGUAGCCGUACCGUCCUUUCCUUCCCUCUGCUGUUCUUCUCGCAAUCCAGGAUCAUCCUCACGUCUCUCUCUCUCUCUCUCUCUCUCUCUUCUAUGCAGAUUUCGCUUGAUCCUGAUCGCUCGAGCGCCGCCGCCGCCGCCGCCGCCGUCGUCGUCGGUGGUGGUGGUGCCAUCUAGGGUUCCGGGGGGGGGUGUCCCGCCGGUGCGUUCGGGUCUCGCGCCACCGCAAUCGAUGGCCGGAAGGGAAGUCCGCGAGUACACCAAUCUCAGCGAUCCUAAAGAUAAGAAAUGGGGGAAGGGGAAGGACAAGAUAGACGACGAGGACAUCACGUUCCAGCGCAUGGUCGCCAAGAUGCAAGAGGUUGCUGGAGAACGUGGAGGUUACCUUCAUGGACGGGGAGCCCUGGACAGUGAUGAUCUGCUAUAUCUCAAGGAACAAAUGGAAGCUGAGGAGGAUGCAGAACGCCUCCUACGCCGCACUGAAAAACGAGCAUUUGCUGCGUUUAAAAUAUCCUUCAAUGUUUGGAUUUUUUUUUUUUUUUGGGGUGAAAAUGCGAUGCAUUUAUGUGGAACAUUGAGAUUGGUGAGGUUAAUAAUGUGUAGAUGAUGCUUAUUUUUAGGUUUUUAUUGCAUUUGAAGGAGUGCACUUCACUGUCAAUAUUGGCUAACAAGAUUAGUCUAGGUUCAUACUAAUAUGGUUAUUGUACAAGGAAAAUUUCAUUACUUGUGCUCUUUGGGGUUGUACAUUGUACGAGGCUUUCAUGGGACAUUGUGCAUGAUUCUACCUAGGUGUUCUGGGGUUUCUGUGUUUUUGGCUCUUCUUUGCCUGCUGUUCAUUUUAGUUUAAUAUCAAGGCAAUCUAGCAGUGUAUCUUAGUUUCUUGUUAUUGUUACUAAGUCGUAUCUGCUGGAACUAAAGUAUACGUAUCGGAUUAAUUGUUUCUUCUGGCAUGCUGAUUGAAAUUUUUUUUUUAGGAUCUAUUUAUUGUAUUUUUAAGAUUAAGUUGCUAUCUAAGUCCCCUUGAUUGGGAGAACAGAGAACUGAUGGUCAACUUUGUUGAUGUUAGAAGCCUUGAGUGGGAUAAUUUUUUGACAUUGACACACAAAUUCUUGGCUUUAAAAUGUCUCAAAAUGUUUCUCUGUCGAUGUUCUGAUAGCAUAUAGAUUCAGAGGUCAGUAGGAGAGGUUAAAUGGAAGACCUAUCUCAGUGCUUUCAUCAAGUCUUUCCCUUAAUUGAAGGAUACAGAGCAGCGAGUUUAGCAGAUUCAUCUCCUGCAUCCGUGCCUUUGCCUCUUCGUGUUGAACCAAAGCCAAAGAGUGGGAUCAGGCAGCAAGAUCUCCUCAAGAAAGUUGUGGAAAUCAAGCCGAAGCGGCAAAAAGUUUCCAGCCCGUCAAAUGCGAAUCGGGCAACUGCCAUAUCCAAUAAUCAUGUAACUUCUGAAUCGAAGGCUGACCAGGUGAAGAAACAGCCCACGCCUACAAAAGCAGAGGAUAAAACCGAAUCGGAAAAUCCUGUAAAAAGCUUGCUGGGCAUAGCAUAUGAAAGUUCUGACGACGAUGAGGAAUGAUUGAAGAAUGAAGAGCGGGUGCACACGUGCGGUUCUGCUUGCUCAGUUUUGAUGUUUAUUUGAAGUAGGAAAUGUAGUAUAAGACAUCGAAUUCAGCCUAAGUGUAUCUUUUGGCACUAAUAUAUUACAUGGCUUUGAAAUCUUACCAAA